AUGGAGACGGCGUCCCCUGCUCCAGCCAAUUCAUCCGAGAUUCCCUCAGACCCUUUAGCAGGGGCUAAAUUUGCCCUCCACAUGCUGUUCUUGAUCAUCCUUUCGGCGACCUCCAUCCUAGGCAUGAUCGGCAAUGGAUUGGUGAUCUGGGUGACCAGCUUUCGCAUGCCCCAAAACAUCACCAAAAUCUGGUUCCUCAACCUGGCUGUGGCCGACUUUACCUUCACUGCCUUCUUACCCAUUAAGGUGGCUACUUUAGCCUUGGGCCACUGGCCCUUAGGCCAACUGGCCUGUAAACUUUACCACACCCUCAGUAUGCUCAAUAUGUUUGCUAGCGUCUUCCUGCUGACCCUGGUCUCCGUAGAUCGUUGUCUGUGCAUCCUCCAGCCGUUAUUGGCUCGGAACCACCGCACACAAUGUCGAGUAACCCUGGUGGCCAUCGGGGCUUGGGUCCUGGCACUGGGGUUCUCUGGUCCCUACCUGGUAUAUCGAGAGACACACACAGACCCCGUGACUGGGCUCACCUACUGUUACAACAACUACAAUGCGUGGCCUGAGGUCACAGAAAACUGGAUGGAACAGAUAGAGCGGGUAAUGAGGAGGUACCGGAUUCAGGUGACUGUCAAUUUUGUGGCUGGCUUUGCAGGGCCCCUGCUCAUCAUUUGUGGCUGCUCUGGCCUCAGUGUUGCCAAGCUCAAGGCUGGAAGGCAGUCAAUGAGGUCCAACCGGCCCUUCCAGGUGCUGAUAGCAGUGGUCAUGGCUUUCUUCUGCUGCUGGUUCCCUCUGCACCUGGUGACCAUCUGGGAGCUGAUCGCCAACCUGAAGAACACCCAGGGCCACGGCCUGCUUGCUUACCUGUCAAUGCCAGCCUUCAUCCUGGCCAGUGCCAACAGCUGCCUCAACCCAAUUCUCUACUCCUUCAUUGGCAAGAACUUCCGUCAGCAUCUCCUGUGCUCCAUGACAUCUGUCCUGCAGCAGGCCCUGGAGGAAGACUCAAAAACUGGCAGGACUGCUAGGAACACAACCUCUGAACUUCAGGAAAUCAGGCCCUUGGGGCCCUGA